AGGCUCCUCGAGAGCAGACGCAGACGGCCUUAAAAAAGCUUUGCAUUUUAUUACUGUGAUACCACCCCUGCCUUGUCUGAUGUUAUCUUCGCCGUUUGGACGCUUUACUUAUCUAUAUGACAAGGAAUUGCAAGAGUCGUGAGUCGGUACCAAACUUGUCAUUUAUAACUUGCAUAUGCGAAAGCCUGUGGUUUCCAAUAUGGAGGAGAACUGGUAUCUACAUUUCAUUCUAAACAAUAUGGCGGCUCCUGCAGACGAAGAAUGGCGAGCGCCACAAUUUCGCCGAAAAGUCACCACACAAAUAGAUGCCGCUCUUAAGGAGUCUGGGAACCCCCAAAUGAUGACUAAGAACGCUGAGGAAAUCGAAAAAGAUGUGUUUUCUAAAGCCAAAUCAAGGGAUGAAUACAUGAAUUAUGUGGCCAAGCUUCUGGUCUAUGCGAGAGAUGUUGGAGGUCAAAGCCAUUUGCCACGAGGCCAGCAACAAGGAAUACGCAUGCCUGUAAAAGUCCAGAUGACCCAACAGCAGAUGGUGCAGCAGAUGGCGCAACCCACAGGCCAACCAAACACGAACGUCACUGGCUCUCAGUACCAGGUCAAACACCAAAUGGCAUUUAGAAACGUCCAGCCUGGUACCUUGGUCCAACAACAACAACAACAGCAGCAGCAGCAGCAGCAACUGCAACAACAGCAAUUGCAACAACAGCAAUUGCAACAACAUCAACAACUGCAACAACAGCAACAACUGCAACAACAACAACAACUGCAACAACAACAACAGCAGCAACAACUGCAACAACAACAACAGCAGCAACAACAACAACAACAACUGCAACAACAGUUGUCACAAAUGACUCCACAACAACAACAGCAAUAUGUCAUGUCACAGAUAGCUGCAUCACAACAACAACAGCUGCGUGCCCAGCAACAGGCUGCUUUGGCAGCACAGCAAGCUCACUCACAGCCAGCAGUCUCCCUACCUCAACCCCACCCUUCUCCUCAAAUGCCGUCACCAGCUCAGUUAGGGGCCCAAUCCCAUCCAGGUUCAGUUUCUCAGCAGAUGCAUGCAGCUCAAACCCGAAUGCAGUAUGUCCAGUCCCCUGCUGUCAUGCGUGCCCCGACUCCAGCACCCCACCCCUCCCCGGCUAGUCAACCUGUAGCCCCUUCCCCUGUAUGCAUCCCUGUCCAGUCGCCAGCACCGAACAUGAUGAGCCCCUCACCCCAGCAGUUCAUAGCACAGUCCCCAGCACCAACUUCAGUUCCAACACCAGGCACUUUAAACGUCCAGUCACCAGCAUCGAUCCUAAACCCUGGGUCGGUGGGGCCCUCAGUUACCAGCCCUGCCCCACUCAGCGCCGCCGAGGAACAAGCCUAUCUUGAAAAGCAUAGACAACUGUCCAUCUACAUUGAGCCCCUGACAAGGAUGAUUAACAAAAUGAACAGAGAAAAAGAGCACAGCGGGAAUGACCUGAAAAAGCUGAAAACCUUCUUGGAUAUUUUGACGAAUCCAUCUAAACGACUACAACUUGGAGUUCUCGAGAAGUGUGAACUUGUCCUGAAGAAGAUGAACCUUAAACCUGUUACACCCCGAAGUCAAGUGACAACAUCCCCUACAACUUCCGUGUCAGCAGCAUCAACUACAACAGCUGCACCUUCGGCACGCUUCGUGGAGGACCUUGCCCAACAGAUCACGGGACACGGGCUUCUAGACACGGUAGCCAGGAACCUCGGCUCACCUAACUUUUCUCACACACUAAAAAGGACAUUUACACCUAUCCUACAAGCCAUGGAGGGACCUCCUAUUUGCCCUCCGCCCCCGCCGAGCAAGAAGCUCAAGCUGAGAGAUGACAAUCAGAACAAGUGCCCGCUACCUCAUGCACUACAAGGCGAGCUCGCACGUCUGUGCAGUCGCUUCACUGUCAAACCCGACCUUGCGGGCGCCUCUCGACAAAGCUCCACCCUGCUAAGGUGUUCCAUAAACGAUAAAUACCUACCCGCAGUACCUCCGAUUGAAAUAACUGUACCACAGAACUACCCGAUGUCCAGUCCUGCAUGCAAGACUAACGCAUACGAAAGCACGCCUUUCCUAUCCAAGAUUCGUUCCCAACUCUCAUCAGAGCUAAAGCGCAUGCCCGGAUUCUACACAGUCACUGCUCUGCUCGGGGCCUGGGAAUCCAGCAUACGUCAAGCUUGUCUCAACGAGGUUGCCGUGAUGUAGACGACAAGAUCCAGGAUCCCGGAUGCUACGUCGCCUGUCCAAAGUCCCGGAUGCUAGGUCACCUUAAUAACAAUCAGGCAAUCUCUAGGCCUCAUGGUCCAGGGUCCCGGAUGCAAGGUCACCUUAUAAACGUCAGGCGACCUCUUGACCUCAAUGUUCAAGAUCCCGAAUGCAAGGUCACCGUAUUAAAAGCCAGGCGACCUCUUGGCCUCAUCAUCCAAGAUCCCGGAUGCUAGGUCACCGUUAUACAAGUCACGUGACUCCUUGUGGUUAUUGGACAGAAUCCUGAGUACCAGUAAUCUCUUUAUCGACCAUUUAGGAUGGUAGGCAAUGUCCAAAAUAGGUCCCGACCAUUCUAGAAAAUACGAAAUAUUAACUACGCUUUUGCCCCUCCCCCCCCCCCCCCCCCCACAUAUGGACAAAAUUUGGGAAAUUGGCACCAAAUUGUCCCAUCACCAAUUUACCCAACCUCGUUCACAGCCCCUUACGUUGCUUCUUCUAGUCGCCAUGCGCUUAUCGGUCUGUUGUAAAAACCCUUAUGCAUUUUGUCGCUGUUGCAUACAUAAAUUAACUUUAACUUUAUUUAUAUAUUUUUAUGUAAAAGAAAUGGAGAGAACACAGAUAGAGGAGCCGUGUUGCGGUGUGUUCUUUAUGUAAAAUGAGAAUAAAUUAUACUAUGAAAUACAUUCUUUUUAUAACCUUUU